AAACUUCUUUUUGAACAGCUGUUACCAAUCAGCUAUUUACGUGCGGAAUAUGAAUUCUCAUUUUUAAUGCCGGCAAUAAGUUGUCCUUAAAUUUAUAUUAGUAUAAAUAUUUGAAGUGAAAUUUAACAAAGAAAUGAGUGACCCAAAUAGAGAUCCAUCCUCUACUUUAAAGGAGGAUGGCACAAAUGCGAGUAUUUUGAUAUUAAAUGAUGACUGCCUACUUGAAAUAUUUAAGCAACUAGAAUUGCCGGAUCAAGUGCGUUUGGCGAUGAUUUGCCCACGGUUACGAAAUGUUUUUCAAUAUUACUGCCAGAGACAUUACAAAGUACUGCAAAAAGAUGACCUCAACGAUAUGAGUGCACGUGAGAUAAGGCGAUUUUUUGAAAUGGCUGGCAGUUCGCUGGAGGAACUUAUAAAUCUACCCUACACCGAUCAGGAACGUAACGAAUAUGUAACCCAAGUACAUAAAAACUGUCCAAAUGUGCUGCGAAUUUACUUUGGAAUGACUAAAAUAAAGUCCAAGUGUUUACGUAAACUGCUUAUGAACAUGAAGCAUCUUACUAGUGUGCAUUUACAAAAAUGCUCAUUGGAUGACAAUGCAAUGCAGAGUAUAGCUGAGUUAUCCACUUUAGAAGUAUUAAAAUUAGAAGGAGAGGAAGACGUAACAGGUCGUUAUCUAAGCAAACUUAAAUGUCUAAAGGAACUAACAUUUGUGGAAUGUGGUAUACAAGAUGAUUUCUUUGUUGAAAUUUGCACCUCGCUUAAGGGCCUUAAGAAGCUUACUCUACAGUGGUGUGAAGCACUCACAGAUGUAGCUAUUUCAGCGCUGCCGGUGUAUUGUAUCAACUUGGAAAAGCUUAAUAUAUCCUGCAAUCAAACCAUUGAAUAUUAUGCUAUAGCGCAACUGCCAAAACUAAUUGACUUAGAAUUGUCUGCAGAAUUAUUUAGAACACAAUCAUUCAAUUUAUUAUUAAACGCAUUAGCCGAUUACAAAGGUGAGCAGCUGCAGUGUUUGCGUAUUUUCUCACCCCGACUCAUUGUUGACGAAGGCAUGAGAUCUUUGUCGCUGUUUAAAAAACUAAAGGUAUUCGGUUGCGACUGUAGCAAAUAUAUUGAUGUCACGUGUUUAAGAUACAUUAGCUCAUUAAAAGACAUGGAAAUCGUUAGCCUAAGGUACUGCCGAUCCGUUACUAACGAAGCAGUAUUGGAGUUAUUGGAUGGUUGUCCAAAGUUGAAGUAUGUUAAUGUGAUGCAUUGUGAUCAGCUAACUGAGGAAUUGGUCUAUAAGACCAUUAAUUUAUUGGAAAGUAGGCAUAGAGGAAAGCAGCCCCAAUGUGAUAAAAGCCCAUUGCUGAUAAUGGUGGCAGGAACGAGAAUACGAGAUUAUAUUUUAGAGGAUACCCAAUAUUUAACUGCACUUGAUGCUGGAACAUUACGACUGAGCUUUGAGAACCCAUUUCAAUACCCGUAUGAAAAUUUAUACUAUACAUUUAAUGUGCCGGCGUUUGGUGAUCUUAAGUACUUUUACUAAAUAGGUACAGCUUAGCUACUUUGCACAUACGUAGUUAUGUUUUUUGCAAAUUAUAUUUUAAAUUCUUUACAUUAUUCGGCGGCACUUUAGUUUAGCAACUAUGCCAAGAAUUUAGAACUAUAUAAUUUGUUUGCUACAAAAAAAGAGGUUUUAUGUAAAUAUGUUUGUUCAUGCUGUUUUUAGCUAUUACUUCGCGAAGGUAUUAUACAUAGGUCGCUUAUUAUGAGACCAUAAAAUUAAAGAUUUAAUAGCUGCUCGGAUAUAACUUGAUAUAAUUUUGGUACGAUUUAUUUAAAUAUUCUAUUAUAAAUUUAUUCUUAGAAAAAUCUUUAAGGCAGUGAAUAAAACUUGGGUAAUAAUUUAAUAAACAAGCGAUCUUUGUACAUUCGCAAACAAACAUACAAAUUUUGCAAUGUAAAUGCAUAUGGGCUAAAGCAUAAUGUACUUUUGUUGACUAUUAACUUACAGUUGUUUUCAGGUGGCACUGGUAAAAAACCUAUUGCGAAAUAUGGUGAGAUCAUUGAGAUAAGAUAUGAGAGAAAAUUAUGCACAUAUAAUAUGCAUCUAAAACUCAAAAAUAUUAACUUAAAAUAUGCAAUAAAACUUCAAAAUAUGUA